CUCUUCUUCACUUCCAGUUACUCACUCGUUUAUUUCACUGCAAUCGUCGCUAUAUAUAAGAGAACAUAAUGUCAAAAGAAUACUUUCCAAGCAAACCAAGCAGUAAACCCAAGGUGCUGAUUGUCGGUGCUGGUAUUAGUGGACUCACCCUAGCCAUUCUUCUUGAGAAAGCCAGCAUUCCAUAUGAGGUCUAUGACCGUAUGGCACAAGUCAGGCCUUUAGGUUCUGCAUUGUCAAUAACUGCGAAUUUGGCGCCGCUGUUCAAACAAAUUGGCAUUUAUGAUGAGUUCGUCAGCCUUGGACUACCGUUCUACUCAAUCGAUAAUUAUAAUGAGGAUCGCACAAAGGAUUUCAUCAUAGACUUCAAGCCAGCUGCCAAAAAGGAAGUAUACCCAGGAUAUAUCUUCCCUCGAACAGUCUUCUACGACUUAUUGCGUCGACAGGUUCCGUCCAACAAAAUCUCUCUAGGAAAGCGAGUUGUCUCCAUAAAAGAAAGCCUAGAGAGUGUCCAAAUCCAGUUCUCGGAUGGGACAACUGCAGAAGGCGAUAUCCUUGUUGGGGCAGAUGGUGCCUAUAGCACGAUCCGUGAGAAUCUCUACAGAUCAUUAAAGAGCGAAGGCCAACUACCGGUUUCAGAUGAUGAACCUUUACCAUUCAGUUGUCUCUGCCUUGUCGGCCAGACCAAUCCAAUGGACCCUGAAAAAUACCCACAACUAACUAGUCCCGUCAGCCUUUUCAGGUCGGUUAUUGGAGAAAACAAGCCUUAUGCUUGGACGUACUUAACGGCGAGAAACAAUAUCUUCUGUUGGGGUUUGAUCCACUACCUGGACAACGAGUAUUCCAAGGACCACGAGGAGUUUUGCAACAUAGAAUGGGGUCCUGGGGCCGCAAUAGAUAUGUGCAAAGAAAUCCGAGACUUUCCAGUUCCUGGCGGCAAAAGCAACGAUAUGACCCUUGGAGACCUCAUUGACAACACACCGCUGGUCUCCAAGGUCUUGUUGGAGGAAAAAGUCUUUGAUACAUGGUAUUCAGGAAGAACAGUCCUGAUUGGGGAUGCUUGCCACAAGAUUCACAUCGCUAGCGGCGUUGGUGCUAUCAAUGGGAUCAUGGACGCGGUGGCAUUGGCAAACUGGCUCAGUGUGCUAGAUUCGCCGUCAAUCGACGAACUAACAGAGGCUUUCAAAGAAUAUAAAGCGGAGCGCUAUCCAGCUGUCAAGGCUGAUUAUUUACAUUCACGAGCUUUCUCUAAGGUGACAGCGACGGGAUUGGUGUCCAAGGUUAUUCGCUGCAUCAGUAGAAACUUUCCGGUCUGGCUCUGGAACUUUUGUAUUAAGCGCUGGUUGGAAGUACGUCCUCAAGUGUCGUUCCUGCCGCUGGUAGACAACAUUGGUACCGUGCCAGCCAAGUAUCAACCAAGUCUUCAAAAGACGUUGGAGCUCAGAAGAGCUAAGGAGCUACAGCUAUAGUAGUUAUAAGGUGC